GCACCCAUGCACGGCGCGCUCCGGGAGUCGUAGGCUGCAGUUGCGCCGCGGCUCCGGGAGCCGGCGGGGGCGCCGCGGCCGUGGGGGGCGUCAAUGGAUCGCCAUUCCAGCUACAUCUUCAUCUGGCUGCAGCUCGAACUCUGCGCCAUGGCCGUGCUGCUCACCAAAGGUGAAAUCAGAUGCUACUGUGAUGCUGCCCACUGUGUGGCCACUGGCUAUAUGUGUAAAUCUGAGCUGAGUGCCUGCUUCUCUAGACUUCUUGAUCCUCAGAACACAAACUCCCCUCUCACCCACGGCUGCCUGGACUCUCUCGCAAGCACAGCAGACGUGUGCCAAGCCAAACAGGCACGAAACCACUCUGGCACUGCCAUGCCCACAUUGGGAUGCUGUCACGAAGAUAUGUGCAAUUACAGAGGGCUGCAAGAUGUUCUCGCUCCUCCCAAGGGGGACGCCUCAGGACAAGGAAACCGGCAUCAGCACGACGGGAGCAGGAACCUCAUCACCAAAGUGCAGGAGCUGACUUCUUCCAAAGAGCUGUGGUUCCGGGCAGCGGUGAUCGCCGUGCCCAUCGCCGGCGGCCUGAUUUUAGUGUUGCUUAUUAUGUUAGCCUUGAGGAUGCUUCGAAGCGAGAACAAGAGACUGCAGGACCAGCGGCAGCAGAUGCUCUCGCGUUUGCACUACAGCUUCCACGGACACCAUUCCAAAAAGGGGCAGGUUGCAAAGUUGGACUUGGAGUGCAUGGUGCCCGUGAGUGGGCAUGAGAAUUGCUGCCUGACCUGUGACAAACUGAGGCAGGCAGACCUCGGCAACGAGAAGAUCCUCUCGCUCGUUCACUGGGGCAUGUACAGCGGGCAUGGGAAGCUGGAGUUCGUAUGACAGAGCCUCAUCCACACCCGAGUCCCUGGACGCUUUGAAGGCCUUGAGUUCUGCUGGACCAGGAGCACUUUAUCUGAAGAAAAACAAACUCCCGUCAUCAUCUGGGAGAGACCAAAUGACCUCUGCGGCCAGAAUCUUGGAUAUUUCUUCUGAAGGAUUAUUUGCACAGACUUGAAUGCAGUCAAAUGUAUUAUUUGCUCUAAAAUCCUAAAAAGCAAAGAGAGGACUGUGCACGCACUGUUACCAGGGUUAUUUGCAUCUGUGCGAGCUGGAAUCGAGUCCCUACAUACACUGACGUGUGCUCUGUGUCAGCUCCGACGUCCUGAUUUAUUGUAAAGAUUUAAAAAAUAUAUAUAUCUAUUUUUUGUCUGAAAUUUAGCUGUGUCUUGUCAUAAAUUAAAAACUACGUGGGAAGUAUAAGAAAUGACAUACAUGUUCGUUCUACAAAGAUCUGUUGUUGAUCCUAGUAAGGUCUCCGCGAUAGGAUUGCGCUUGAUUUGUUUUGUUUUGCUUUUUGUUUUGAAACAAGGCCAGGAUCUUGUUUAUUCGUGCAUGUGUAUUUGUAAUUUUCUCACAGCGUGGUGGCAAGUUUCCAAAUGUGUACUGCCCCUUGCUCAGUGUCUCACCCCCAUUUUUUGUUAGGAUAAUUCUGGUUUUGAGCGUUCAUCUGAGAGACAUCUUAAGAUUUAUUUAUACCAGGUCGGAUGUGAUAGAUCAGUAUCUAGAGCUGCCUUAGCAAAGGUAGUUAUUUAUCAGCUUAGUCCAGCUGCUCUGGAAUGCUUUGUAAAAUGUGUCUACCUCCAACCCAAAAAGGAAAACCAAACCAAACCCACUAAACAAAACUUCGAGUUCAAAUUAGUCACUGUCUACUUUUACUGUUGAUUAAUUUAUUGGUUAACUUGGUCUCAAAUCAAAUUAAAUAUUCUGAACCCCAAAUUAGCCUAGUUUGCAAACCUUCCUUCAUUAUACUAACAUUUUGUUUCCUUCUCAAUGUUUAGAAAGGGUUUCAAUAGUGAACACUAUUUCUAUCAAUUGAGAUUUAAAGAACACACACUGACAUUGACUUUUCAGCCACUGAUAGACUGUGUUUUCAUGCCUGCAGGACUUUCUAUCUGACAACACUGCUCAGCCUGAAUUUAAACCCAUGCCACAUUUGUGUAUUUUUCCCCCAAACAGGUCUUUGUUAUCCUACACAUGAGAAAAUUCGCCAGGUAGGAUUUUUUUUUCCCUUGGUCCUUUUGUAUAUUUGAAACUUCUGCUUAAAAAUUAACCUAUAGUCUGCAUAUUUGAGUAUGGGGUUGUCUUUGAUGAGCGUUAAGGGAUGUGUGUGCAUAUUUGGAGGAAUAUUUUAUGAUCAGCAUAAUUUGGGUUCCUUAAGACAGAUGCAGUAGCCAAGUUCAUGGAACAUUCUGAGUUGCAAUGACUAGUCUAAAAACAAUAACCUACAUCAUUUCAUAAUUGUAGACCACAGCCCCAUACACAAUAGGCUACGGAAUAAAUACACAUUUUAAUAAAUGACA